CGAUAUCCAGGACGUGGUAUCGUUUGAGUAUCGUCAAUCUUUUGGUAACCCGACAGAAUGGCUGACCGAAAAUUGCAGAAGACAGGCUUAGUAGACCGGCCCUUGAGCAAAGGGAAAGGCGAGAUUAACAUUAGCACCUUUGCCUUGCUAUUCUCUGAAAUGGUUCAAUACUGUCAGAACAGAGUUUCGUCGGUGCCAGAACUACAGAGCAAGUUGUCUGAUUUGGGGCAGCACGUAGGAGUUCGAAUUCUGGACUUGCUUUUCAUCCGAGAGAGAGGAUUGAAAAGGGAAACCAAACUGCUCAACAUCUUGCUCUUUAUCAAAUCUAAUGUUUGGAAGGUUCUCUUUGGAAAAGAGGCAGAUAAAUUGGAACAUGCAAAUGAUGAUGAAAGAACUUAUUAUAUCAUAGAGAAGGAGUCUGUUAUCAACAGGUUCAUUUCAGUGCCAAAGGAUAAAGGUAUGUAUAUUUUGAUUUGUUUUAAUUUUCUGUUUAUACACUAUGCUUGCCCUUUUGAUUGUCUCCUGAGCCAGAAAGGUGUUAACUCUACUUUUGUAUCUAGAGUUAAUGUUCUAGUUCACAAAAGACAAGAUAAUGAUUUGAAAUAUAUACUCUUGAUCAAAUUGAGUGUUGGAUUGGAUUGCACGUUGUGUUGGAGUAAAUUCCUUCUUGAAUAUUAAAAGGUAUGAAAUGUC